AACAUCCUGAUCUAAUUAGUUUUAUUUUUAUAUCAGUCUUACUAAUCACCUGUCAGAUUACGAAAUCUAUUUCUAGAAAUUUUGUUUGAUCCUUUUCGCAUUUCUUCCGUUGAUUACAAAGAUUGUCCGAAUUAGUUGAAGUUACCAAACAUCGUAGGGAACGGGAUGAAGGUUACGAUGGUUGCGAGGAGGAUCUUGCGGAGCCACCGAUGUCUCCGCCGUCUCGGCUCGGCAUCUGCUCACGCGCCGUCGCUCCGGGCGCCGGAGUUUAACGCGCCUCCGCCGUUCGUAUCUCCUCCGUCGCGGCGGGGCGUCGUCACCCCUCCCGCCUUGAAGAGUUGGAGUGAAGGAACUAGAACUCGAAGCUGGUUUUCGAGCCUAGUGUUGGCCAAAGCUUCCACGAAUGGUUUAGUCGAUGUUCCGCUGGCGCAAACCGGGGAAGGCAUUGCUGAGUGUGAGCUUCUCAAGUGGUUCGUGAAAGAGGGCGAUUCGGUCGAAGAAUUUCAGCCUCUCUGCGAGGUUCAGAGUGACAAAGCAACGAUAGAGAUAACGAGCCGUUUUAAAGGGAAAGUGGCUCAGAUUUCUCACGUCCCUGGUGAUAUUGUCAAGGUAGGAGAGACUCUUCUGAGGCUGGCUGUUGAAGAAUCCGAGUGUUGCCUAGUAACCUCUGACAGUUCUUCUGCAAAUGUAAAUUCUCGUGUUUGUGAGCAGCCAAAAACCGAAAGUCUCGGUGGAGUGCUAUCAACUCCGGCUGUCCGGAAUCUUGCAAAGAUGCUUGGCAUAGAUAUCAAUGAUGUUCUUGGAACCGGUAAAGACAGGAGAAUUUUGAAAGAAGAUGUUCUCCGAUAUGGUGCCCAGAAAGGAAUCGUAACUGAUGCAUCUAGCGAUGUCACGGAUCAAGAUUGCGCAGUUUCGAGCGGGGAAAGUAAUGCUGAAGAUAAAACAGUUCCUCUGAGGGGAUUCCACCGAGCAAUGGUGAAGACGAUGACCAUGGCAGCAAAGGUGCCACACUUUUAUUUCGUCGAAGAGAUAAACUGCGACGCCUUGGUAGAUCUUAAAGCGUCUUUUCAAGAGAACAAUACCGAUCCCGACAUCAAACACACUUUCCUCCCGGUGUUGAUCAAGUCCCUCUCGAUGGCUCUGACCAAGUACCCUACCAUGAACAGUUGCUUCAACGAGGAGUCUAUCGAAAUGAUACUCAAAGGUUCACAUAACAUUGGAGUUGCAAUGGCUACUCAACACGGUCUUGUUGUUCCCAACAUAAAGAAUGUUCAGUCUCUUUCUGUUCUACAGGUAACAAAGGAGCUGUCUCGGUUACAACAUCUCGCAAAAAACAACAAGCUUAACCCCGAAGACAUAACCGGUGGAACCAUAACUCUGAGCAACAUUGGAGCAAUCGGUGGGAAAUUCGGAUCCCCUCUUCUCAACUUACCCGAAGUUGCGAUCAUAGCUCUCGGUAGAAUCCAGAAAGUUCCGAAAUUCUCGGACGACGGAACUGUUUACCCCGGAUCCAUAAUGACGGUGAAUGUCGCCGCCGACCACAGAGUUCUUGAUGGAGCGACGGUGGCUCGGUUUUGCUGCGAAUGGAAACGGUUUAUAGAGAAACCGGAGUUGCUUAUGUUACAUAUGAGAUAGAGAGUUCUGUCUGUAUUCUCAAUGUAUGUUCUGUUCAAGAUUGAACAAAGAACUAAUUGUAUGAACUGCGCGUUGUUUAAAUGUCGGAAACGUCAUGUUGUUUCCUUCUGGAAUACUAAUAUGUGAUAGCCAAGCCAAUUA